CAUACUCUGAGAGAUCCGUUUUCACGGCUUCCUCGGUUAACUCUUUCAUGGAUUGCGGUCCGAAUGAGCCCCCUACUGUGCCCCAUCGGCACCAGAGCACCGCGACAUCUGAUCUGGACUUCAAAGUCCAGACUAACUGGGGUCCCACUCCUGUGCCACUCACGGCCGUAAACGGAACCAUGAGCCAGCACCAGCCGUUGCAGCCCCAGGACACAACGACUCUGCCGCGACACCAGUUUAAUCGUGGACUCGUGGACUGGAACGAACCACACUUCAGUCCAGUACGGGUCCAACUGGCCAGCGCGUGCCCUUUCAGCGCGUCAAACAGAAAAGAUGACUCCUCCUAUGUGACUCUGGAAUCGAAUCCGCGGUCCAAACCCUCGCCGGACGUGUCCGCCUUCACGAGACUAAUGACAGAAAUGGGUUCCAUGACGGGAAGUUCGGAUCCAAUUCAAGGCUAUUUCCGUCCCGAGCACUCCUACUCUGGGAUUAAAGUCCACGGGUACAGUAACGUUGGGGAUCAUCAUGGCUUGUUAGACGAGGCCAGCAGCUCGCCGGGCGCUUUCCACACAUCAGGCUCGCGCCAUCUGUACAACUUGAGCUUCCCCAUGCAGCCAUGUCCAGACUCUGAAAACACAAAGCGCGUUGACGAAGACUUGGCGCUGGGCACCAGUGAGUUUCCGGCCCAGAGAAGCGAGAGCAACAGCAGUAGUAACAGUAUCACCACGUUGACCAGCGGUCAGACUAUGGAAGAUGUAGUUGUAGGUUUACGAAAGGACGAGACUAUCUCAGACUUGCCCGAAGGCGGUGAAACCCCUAGACGGGGGAUACAAGAGGAUGCCACAGUUGAAAACGCAGCCAGUGGAUGGCUGUCAGCUAAGGCGGGUAGGAAGAAACGCUGUCCUUACACCAAAUACCAAACACUCGAGCUGGAGAAAGAGUUUCUCUUCAACAUGUAUUUGACUCGAGAGCGCCGCCUCGAGAUCAGCCGCAGUGUCAGCCUCACCGACCGCCAAGUUAAAAUCUGGUUCCAGAACCGACGCAUGAAGAUGAAGAAGAUGACGAGGGAACACAGGACCAGGGAUGCAAUCAUGCAUUUCCCCAUAUGAUGGAUGUGUAGAUAUAUCCCUCGCCAUGUCUGUUGCCUUGUCAGACGCGAUGCACAGAAUAUGCUAUGGACUGCGCGCUAAAAGCACGGGCUGAUGAUGCAACCUCAAGGCAAGUGUGGACUGUGGAUUGACAUGGAGAUACAUGCCCUGUUCUCCAACGGAUGGGCUGAAUUCACGCCUUCUGUCUGUGUUCCAAAUGAUUGCAUGAUGAUAUGGUGGCGCCUGACCAUCGUACUUAAAUUAAUUUGCUCUUCCCCAUUGUCUCACAUAACAUUUCAUAGAAGCACUUUAUUUAUUCUCUGUCAAAGCAACGGCCUAGUAGUUGUUUUUCGAUGUGUAGUUGAAUGAUUGCUACGUUUCCUAACUGAACGAAGAUUGUGUACAUGUCGUGCGUAAUGCAAUAGAGAAAUGUUCUUUAAGGACCCACUAUUCAUCACGUGAACUUUGUUAUUUAUUUUGGAUGCAUGUUUGUAAGAUUUUGACGUGUCUUUACUAUCUGCAAACUGCGUUUAAUAAGCACAAAACAUUGUUUGUAUUAAGGGCAGAUUAUAAACAUGCACAAAUGUCUUCUUUUUAAACAUAAAUUGGUGAAUCUAAACGAAGACUGUCUACUAUUUAAAGCAAUGCAUGAUUGGUAACUUAAUCCUUUUGUGUUUGUUUUCUAAAAUAGAAUGUUGAAUAAAGAGCUGAGAUUACUUUGA